CCUGGUCUGCAGUCCUUGGCAAUUCAAGGCCACUGGGACCCUGGCUGGCAACCCAGAACUACUGAGCUCACUGGGAAGGGUUUCUGUGUCACUGGGUCACAAGCUCGGGAGAAACCGAUCUGGCCUCAGGGGAGCUGCCCCCUGGCCCCACUGCCCAUUCUCCUCCAUAGCUGGGGUGACUCAGCCCAGCACCCAUACCAGCCCCAGGCAGCUGAGAAGGGGGAGGAGCAGGCAGAGCCCCUGAAUGCUCUGGAGGGAGGAGAAGCCCAUAAGUGGGAGGGAAGACUUGUGUUUCACUUUCUCCACACCCUGGACAAACUGGAGAGCCAGAGAGGGGAGGGAGCCACUCUUCCUUGACCGAAGUGGGCACACCAGACAGGGCCCUGGCCUGGCCCCAGGACCAGGGACAAGACAGCCAUGGAUCACAAGCCCCCUGUGCAGUGUGAGGGCCCUGACAAGAAGGAACAGCAGGGGACAGAGGAGGACAGCUUCCGCUCCACUGCGGAGGCCCUCAGGGCCGCGCCCACAGAGAAGCACACAGUCCGCGUGGACGACUUGUGUCCUCUCAGCUGCAACCCUGGGACCCAGGUGUACCAGGACUACGACUGCACCCUGAACCAGACCAACAUCGGGAAGAAUAACAACAAGUUCUACAUCAUCCAGCUGCUGGAGGACGGCGGGCGCUUCGCCUGCUGGAACCGCUGGGGCCGCGUGGGAAAUAAUGGCCAGCACAAGCUCAGCUCCUUCCCGUCCCUGGAGGAUGCAAAGAAGGACUUCGAGAAGAAAUUUUGGGAGAAGACCAAGAACCGCUGGGCGGAUCGGGAGCACUUCGUGGCCCAACCGGCCAAGUACACGCUCAUCGACGUGCGAGGCAAAGACGACAUCGAGGAGAUUGUGGAGAAGGUGCAGACCCUCCCUGCCCAGGUGAGGACCAUGGCUCAGCCCGUGCGGCCCUGCUCCCUGGACGCCGCCACACGGCGGCUCAUCACCAACAUCUUCAGCAAGGACAUGUUCAUGAACCUGGACGUGAAGAAGAUGCCCCUGGGGAAGCUGAGCGAGAAGCAGAUCAAGCGGGGCUUCAAGGCCCUGGAGGCCCUGGAGGUGGUCCUGACAGGCCCCGCGGACGUGGCCGGCGGCCGCAGCCUGGAGGACCUGUCCUCCGACUUCUACACCGUCAUUCCCCACAACUUCGGCCGCCGCAGCCCGCCCCCGCCCAUCAGCUCCCUGGAGCUCCUGCAGGCCAAGAAGGACAUGCUGCAGGUGCUGGAGGACAUGGAGCUGACCCAGACCCUGCAGGCAGCCCCCAAGGAGGAGAAGGAGGUGGAGGAGGUGCCGCACCCCCUGGACCGAGACUACCAGCUCCUCAGGUGCCAGCUCCAGCUGCUGGACCCAGAGGCGCCUGAGUACAAGGUGAUCCACACCUACUUGAAGCAGACCUGCGGCAGCUACAGGAGCCCGGAGCUACGGCACGUUUGGAAAGUGAACCGAGACGGGGAGGGAGACAGGUUCCAGGCCCACUCCACGCUGGGCAACCACAGGCUGCUGUGGCACAGCACCAAGGUGGCCGUGAUGGCCGCCAUCCUCACCAGCGGGCUCCGCAUCAUGCUGCACUCCGGCGGCCGCGUGGGCAAGGGCAUCUACUUCGCCUCGGAGAACAGCAAGUCGGCCUGCUACGUUACCACCGUGUCGUGUGGGGCCCACCGCAUCGCCUACAUGUUCCUGGCGGAGGUGGCCUUGGGCAGGGAGCACCACAUCACGGCUGACGAGCCCGGCUUGAAGCAGCCACCCCCCGGCUUCGACAGCGUCAUCGGCCGAGGCCGCACGGAGCCUGAUCCCACCCAGGACACGGAGCUGGAGCUGGACGGCCAGAGAGUGGCAGUGCCCCAGGGCCGGCCCACGCCCUGCCCCGAGUUCAGCCAUUCCUCCUUCUCCCAGAGCGAGUACUGCAUCUACCAGGAGAGCCAGUGCCGCCUGCGGUACCUGCUGGAGGUGGGCCUCUGAGCGCCGCCCUCACCCUGGGCCCUGCCAGGGACAGACUGCCGUCUGUCUUCUCGCCCACGUCACCGCCUUUCGCUCCCAAAUCUCCCUUCUGUGUCCCAGACAGUGGUCCCGGCUCCCUCCAUCCCCACUAGCCCUGGCCUGGCUGCGGCCCGAGUCUCGUCUGCUGAGGUGACGGGUGCGAGGGCCUGGCAUCCCCGGGCUGAGUAGUUAGAGGGGCACAGGCUGAGUGAGGGUGUCGGACCCCUUAGCCGCCCGGGCCGUCCACCCAGGCCCAGCCUGUCCGUCCCAGAGGUGUGACCGCCAGUGGAGGCUGGACUGCAGGCAGCAGGUUCAUUAAACACUGAGUCCGCUCACCCCAGGCUCCGACGGUCUGUGCUGCAGCCGCACGAGCCUGGGCCUCUUCCUCUCCACCGUGACCCCCACAGCCCACCCCACCCACCCUGGUCCAUCUGUGGCCCCCCACCGCCCCUGCUCACUGCGCUUUCAAAGACCCUCACUAUCCCCUCAGAACUGGUGGCCAUCUGGGGACCCACCCGGCCAUCUGUCCGCUGGCCCGCACGUGGCCAGGCAAGCCGAGCUUCGCUCCUGCCUCGGCAUCAACGUGUCUCAGGUCUGCAUGUUCCACACCAGCUGAGCACACACCGAGCGCCCAGCUCUGCCACGUGAACGAUGCCCGUUAGCACCCGGGGGGUCACCCUACCCAGACCCGAGGGUGCGGGUGCUGUGUCUGCUUCUCCAGCUCCAAUCCAACACCACAGGGGCCUUGCGUUCUCCCAGUCCCAGGCUCACACUUGCUUCUCCGUUCACAAUAAGCAUCUCCGUUCCCGUCAACAUCAGUCUAUUGACUUGUUGGCGCCAUCCCACACGAAAAGGAAAUUCAGAAUCGCCGUGCCACGCCAUGUGAGCACACGCUUCCUGAGCAGGGUGCCAUGCCAUGUGAG